CUUAUUUAUUCAAACGUUCACCACUUAUUUUGAUUUGAAGUAAUGCUAAGCUAAACAAACUAAGCGAGUGAAUUAUUUAACUGUUAUGUAACAAAAAAAAGUAUUUGUUUACGUAAGGGUGAAAGAUUAAAUUUCAAGAUGUCUUUUAAACAAGAGGAAAAAAUUGCUAUUGCUGUCAUUGAUACAUCCGAAGAAAGGGAAAUUAGCAAUAACUCAAUAGAAGUAAUAAGAAAAUGCUCUCAACACGAUGCGAUAAACACUUCAUGGGAUCAUAAUAUUAUUUCAUCUCAUGAAAACAAAGACAAAACGUUUAAUAAGACACCUCCGUUUGUGAGCAUCAUGGGCACUGACGACCUCAAUUCUAGUUCGGGGAAUUCGACCAGCAGUUCCACUCAAACGGAACCUUUUGUGACUCUGCCAGUUAACUGCAGCUUUGUUGACGUGAGCCUUUCCUUUAGCAAGGACUUCAACAUACAGGAAUCAACAUCCAAUGAGACUUCAGAACAGUCCGUAAGAUCCAAACGUUACAGACGCGACUCCAGUGAUGGAGAAAAUAAAGAAAUGCAGCCUUGGAAAAAGAAAUGUUCAGGUUCUUGUUCGUCAAGCAUGUCUGAUCUGACUGAUCCUCAAAUAGAGCAGGGGCCACCGUCUUGCUUGUCUAGUAAUUCUGACACAUCAUUUAAAUCGAUUAACAGCAACCAUUCAUUUAAAGUUCGAAAAAGACGUUUGAAAUCUGAGUCAAAUUUGUUCAAAGACGCCCUUCACAGAUCACACAGGGGUAAUAAUUUUAUAAAACAUAAUUCAUCUGAAAAUCCCACACCAGUUAUGGGGGCUCUUACACAGAAUAGCAUAAAGGUGGAAUUAGAGAUAGAAUGUGCUUUGGACACUGGGCAGUUGAGUGAUAUGGAGUGGUUCAUGUUAUCAGGUGGGACGCCGCGAAAGGAGAGGAACCACCGCCGCAACAGCAAGCCCAAAGCUUGGAGAAUCGUCGACCUUUGUGCAUGGAUCGGGAGAAAGGGCUAUCAAUCAAUCACUGGUCUGUACUCCGAUAUACUGCGCGAGCCGAUAGUUCACCAGGAAACUACUGAUAGUACCGAAGAGUUGCGGGAGUUAAGGAAGUUUUUAGAAGAGGUAGAUAAAAAGCAAGAGCGGUUGGCCCAAGAAAACGAGACGUUAAAAGAAGGAAUGAAAAUAAUGAUGAACAAAAUUGAACAACUCGAGGGUAAGCUCAGGAAACAUGAAAGUACACCGAAAAAGCACCUUCCCCCGCCACCGCCGCCGCCUCCACCACCACCGCCACCACCGCCGCCGCCUCCACCUGCCCCUGUCUCCAAAUUACCUGUCCGGUCUCAUACCAUACCCAGGUGCGGUUCUGCACCACCUAGAAUAGUUGGACAACGCCUCGCUAUUACACCUCAAGACAUCGCUAAUGUCAAACUGAGGAAGACAAAGGAUAAUCCAGUGCGGGCAAAACCUGGUCCGAAACAAGGUCAGCAGCCGUUAGUGACUCAACAAAUGCUACAGUCAACGCGCGCAAAAUUAGGACGUGCUCGUCCCGUUGCUGCCUCAACCCCUAAGCAACAACUGUCAGAAUUAGAAAAAUGUUUGCUGCAAGAAUCGACAGUAACGUCACUUUAUCGGCGACGGGUAGCUCGGAACACAUUUCGAAGUGCGGAAGAACUUAGGCCUAGGCCAUAUCCAGCUGCGCGGUGUUCAAGAUCUCCCCUUUCUCCCCGAUCUCCUCGAUCAAACUCCUUACCGCGAGUAAAACCUAUGUCGCCUCUAAAAUUUCCUAAUGGAGUACUAAAUUAAGUAAUUAUCAGGGAAGACAAUAUUCUCAAGAAUAGACUGAUGAUGAUAAAUGGUAUGAUUGAUAGUAAAUGGUUAACGAGAAAUAUUGAGUUUACGACAUGUGUCUCAAGUCGUGCGUCAUCUCAAGAUUUUAAUUUAUAGUUCAUCAUUAUUGAUUGUGAUUUGAUUGCAAAUAUUAUUAGUUCUUAUUGUAGAAAUCUACAAUUGACAAUAAAGUUUCCUGUAUUUUUUCACUUAGCAAGUCGUUGAGUCGUUGUAGAAUCGCAGGCGCAUUCCAUGUUUACGGUGACUUAAAACGGAAAUUUGUAAAAAAUACGAAAUGGUUUUAUAUUUUUUAUUGAACAUAAUGAGUAUUUAUUUGAAUCCCAUUUUCGGAUAGGAUAGGUAGACUAUCCGUAGGUAUCCACGGAAGAAAGUAAUUAAUAAAUAAUUACGAAUGAAAAAAUUGUGGGAUUGCAUUAUGGCCUAAUUAAUGUUUCUCUUUAUUACAAGUAUAUGUAAUUUAUCUAUUGUAUUUUAGACUAAAUGAUUACCUUUCUAACUAUUCUGAAAUUUGUACAUAAGAUGUAACGGCUCACAAACCAGACAACGGUGCAUCGUUUGCAUUUUCGCAGCCAUAGUAUAUUUCGGUGAAUAUUAUGUAAGUAGUUAGGUUGAUAUUAAAAUUAUUAUGUGAUAAUAUUUGUACAAUUUUUGUAUGACUCAGAAGUUGCAAUGCUUUUAUUGAAUUAAUUAAAU